AUGGUGUACUUCAACAAAAUAUGCCGUGCCUGUUUAACUGCAAAAGAAUCUUUCAAGUAUUUUCUAUUCGACAUUGUUUCACCAAACAUGUACUCAUAUUGCACAUCAGUAGAAGUCCAUCAGAAUGAAGACUUGCCUAAAGAUGUAGAUUCACACAUUGCUAGUGAAGAUGAGUAUAGCAAUGAAUUUGAAAUGAGCCAUGUGAAAGCCGAACAGACUGAAGAUGGGCCAUGUAAAAACCAUGUAUUAGACAGUGAUAAAAGAGAAAUCGAUACUGCUAAUGCAUUACAAAUAAAAGAUGAAUUAUCUUGUGAUAAGUCUACAAAGAAAAAAAUGUCAAAAAGAUUAAAAAAGUUAGUCACGUCCGGCCUACUGGUUGUUAAAUCGGUGUCAAAAAUAAAUUUAUCCACAUCAAAGAAGCCGAAAAUAUUUUCAUGUAAGUUGUGCAAGAAAAUAUUUAGCCACCCCGAACGGUUUGAAGCACACAAAUUGGAGCAUGAGGGUAAAGAAGUACCAAUUUAUUGUGCACCAUGCGAUAAAACCUUCAUGACAUGGAGUGGUCUGUGGCGGCAUAACGAGAGCGAACAUACUCGCGUUAGCCUCGACAGCCUCAAGUGCCGCACUUGUGGCAAGACGUCCAAAAAUAAGCACACACUGCGCAUGCACGAGAAAACGCACGGUGAACGCAGUCCAUGUAUAUGCGACAUUUGUGGGAAAACGUUUGUGUCCACCACUGUAUUAAAGGCUCAUUUGGAAACCCACGAGGAAAACCGGGAGCGAAGGCACAAGUGCAAUCAGUGUGGCAAGAAAUUCUUUUCAAAUACAGUACUACUGUCUCAUAUAUCAAAACGUCACAGAGGUAGAAAAUUCAUAUGCCAAAUAUGCACAUAUUCUUUCUCAGAGAAGAGUAACUUGGGUUCUGUACUUGAAGGGUACAAAUAA